CUCCUCCUCCUCCUCCAUUAGGGGCGGGGAUCUCCUCUGUGGAAAAUACCCAGCUGGGCGAGCCCCAGAGACAGGGAGGAGGCGAAGGGGCCUGGGACUCACAAGACUAACUCUUUUCCCCUCGCGUGACUGGUGUUUGCUGCGCUGGGUUCUGGGAAACAGCCAGAUUGCAUCAGACAGGGCCUGAGGGGCUGAAGCCAGACUGCAGGCUGAGGAGGAGCCUGGCCUUAUAAGUUGAAUCCGGUGAACUGUCAGGUGUCAGGAAACCUAGAACAGACACAGCUUUGAAAGGAGAGAGAGAGACAGUGAGAGUAAGUCAGACAUGAUGGCUACCCUGCCCAGAGCAGCCAGCCCAUCCCGGCAGUGCCCAGGCCCAGAGGACGAAGAGCCCAGCCUGGAUGAGUACGACCUCUACAGCCUGGCUCAUUCUUACCUGGGAGCGGGAGGCCGGAAAGGUCGCACCAAGAGAGAAGCUGCUGCCAACACCAACCGCCCCAGCCCAGGUGGGCAUGAGAGGAAGCUGGUGACCAAGCUCCAGAAUACAGAGCGGAAAAAGCAAAGGGCACGGCCGUGACACAGAGCUGUAGAUGGGGACAGAGCAUGGACACUACACAGGAAUGGAGGCAGGACCACGGAGGAAUCAGUACCUGGGGGCAAGAUCCAGGCCUGCUUGCUCCCACCCCAACCCCAGGACUUACCCCACCUGACUGAGGCUCUGACAGGCCACCAAGGAAGCAGCCUCAGCCCCAGAAAAAGGCCAGGAUAGGGAGUCAGAGGCAGGAAGUAGAGAUGCAGUCACAAAGGUCCCCUCCAAAAGAAAGACACUGAAGAACCCAGAACCCCCUGAGAUGACAGCAACAAUAAACAAAGUACAGC